GAAAAUUGUGUGUCAAGAUCUUGUCAAAAUGGUUGCAAACAAUUCUCAAUCUUUUUAUAAUUCAUGAAAUAAAGUCUGUGGAAUGUCUCUUAGCAAGCAGUUAUAAAAAUAUCUUAAACUACAGCGAUCUAAUCAGGCUUAAUGUCGAUGAAGUCUUAUAUGACUUAACUGUCACUGGUCAUUACAUUCUAACAGUACUGUCGCAGCGUAGAAUUAAGAGGAAAAUCGCUUCUUAUGUAAUACUUGACCGACACACGCAAGACUGUCGUGGAAGAAGUGCGAUAACAUAUAACAUCUAACAUUUUUCCAAGCAUUAUUGUAUAUGCUCGUUAAUUUUCUAAAAAGAUACAAAUGUUAUCGGACUAUUCUAAAAAUUUCCCUAGUAAUCUAAAAUAUUUUUAUUUGUGAAGUAAAUGAUGGAGAGAGAGAGAGAGGAGGGACGGGAGAGGACAGGAAAUAUGUGCAGAUUAUUAUUUCACCUACUGAACGUUAAAAAGUGGAUCAAAGAACAUGCAGCCAGCACCGAGAUGGUACCGCGAUGGGAAUUCUCUGCGAACCACUGUGCACCGAGAAAGGGAUACACUCGCUGGCAUGUGAAACGCUCCAUGCAGGCAAGGAGGCCGUUUUCUCCGCGCACUGGGAAGCGACGCGGCUUGUAUUCAAGGCUUCGAGAACCAAAGUACCCUCGGAGCAAUUCGAGUCGCUCUACUGGAUGGAUGCAGCCGGUUCGCGGCACUUUCCGUCCGAGGAGGAUUUUGUCGCCAUGAUCAAAGACUUGGUUAUCAAUAAACUGAACGUGACUCUGGCGCAACAUCAGCUGGAAAGACUCGCCCGUUUGCGCACCCAUCGAGUCGAGACCGACGCCGUGAAACGUCAGCUGGAGAUGGAGAAUCUCUGGCCGCUGUUGCAAGAGAAUGAAUAUCUGAUGGCGAUUUUGUACGAAGACAGGGACGUGUUUCCGCAACCGAUCGGCACGUGUGGAACGUUUUACGUGGUCGAGUACGUCCGGCCGAUCGAGACACCCACGACGGUGCUAGCCCUAUCCGACUCGAAACCCGAGUGGGCCAAAAGGCUCAAGCUCGCCGUGAUGAUUCUUAAUCUACUCGAGGAGCUGGAGACGAGCUUCCCCGAGCCGCUUCAUCUCUGCGACGUGAAAAUCAAUCAUUUCGGCUUGCCUCUAGGCGGGCAAAAACUGAAAUUCUUAGAUCUGGACGCAGUCUUCUCCAGGUCCGUCGUCGAUCGCAUCAUCAGUGACGGUAAGAGUUGCGAGAAGCACGAGGACUGUGAUUACUUCGACUGCCGGUCGGUGUGCUCGAAGAACAAACGCUGCGAGUCCCCGGUCCUCAAUAAUAAUUUACAGAUUAUUUGCGAGAAGAUUUUUCUCGGCUGGACGCUCUCAGGGACGAUAAUUAUUCCUGGGCUGCUCAUGUCAGAGCAUACCACUAGCACAUUGGCAGUGUUAUUGAGACAAUGCGCUAAUCCAGACGGCGGCACAACGCAUUUACCACGUGCGGCAGCGCCAGACAGCUUACAGAAACGACUUUACAACAUGCUGAGCGAGAUGGAACAAGAAUACUCGGAAUUUGUAUGAAAAAAAGAAAAGAUUGGCAUUGGUAAAAAAAUCAUUCAUUUUCACGAAGCGAGAUCAAGUAUCGCCCUUUCCGCGAUAAUAAUAAGAACGCCGUAGGUUUACGAUUGGAAAUAGAGAAAUAUUUCUCGAUAAAAACCGUAUGCGACAUUAUUUAUUUCAAGCUACAAAUCGAUACGUACAAUCGUAUACUUCCAUCUUAAGUAUUAGUAUUAUAUGGGCGAUCGUAAUAAAUGUGCACACUUUUAUUUUCCAUCACGGUAUAAUAAAAAAAAAUCUAAUAGAAGCUAGCAAUAUUAAUAAAACUGAAGAAUUACUUAUUUAUAAUUACUUAUUUAUAACUAAAUAUUUAUAGUAAAAGAAAUUAUACAACCGUUUACAUUAGUUACAUGAACACGACAUAACAAAUUUAUUAGAGCGGCAAUAUUGUGAUAAUUAGGUAUUAAAACCCCGAAAAAUGCUAGUCAGAUAGCGAUGUAAUAAACUUACGAACGCGCUUAAUUAGGAGAUAAAGAAUGACCAGUUUCUUCCUAGAGAAUUUCUUGUAUAUAGAUAGACAAAAUAACAAAUAAUGUGUUAAACAUAUUAUUUAUUAAAUACAUAUAGUUUAAAAUAUUAUAUGUA